AUGACCCCGGACCAGGUGCCGUACUGCCUCAGCCGCCGCUGCCUCGCUGCCUCACGGCGGAUUGUGCUGUUCCGUCACGACUUGCAGCGGCGGUUGAGGAGGAGGUCGCUGCUGCAGUUGACAGGUGCCCCUGACGGCGCCGCCGCGGCGGCGGCGGCGGUGGAUCCCGCCUCCCAGACUGGUGCCGCCGCCUCCCAAGCCGCCGCUGGUCUCUCCCCCUCCGCGCUGUGGGGCCACUUGGCGCUGACUUUGUUGCAGCAGGGGCACCUAGUACCGCUGCCGCUGCUGGCGCAGCCAGUGUACUGGCAGUACGACAGUGCGUUGUCGUUGUACCCGCUGCCGGACGCCGUUGUCCUGGCGGACGCGACGGCGGGGCAGGAGGAGUUCGUACACGAGGGCUGCCGUGUUCUAAACCCGGGCUGCAUCCCAGGCGGCUCCUUCGCCGCCUACUUGCCCUGUGUUCAACAGGUGGAGAUGAGCGAGCUGCCGCGACCCGGCCAAGGAGGUGCCGGAGACGACGAAGACCACCACGGCCGUGUGGGCUUCCAGGAGGGAGAGGGAGGGGGAGGGGCAGGUGCCGCCGGUGCCGCCGGUGUGGACGGGGAGGGGGACGACAUGGACGGUGCGCCGCGGCGCCGCAAGGCUGCGAGAUCCCCCCUGCGGCAGCAGCAACAGCAGCAGCGGGCAGGGGCCAAGGUGCAGAAGCCGCGGGCGGCAAGGCAGGGCCAGGGCAGCGGCCGUGGCGGAGCUCGCGCGCGGGCAGCGGCAGCGGUGGCGCCGAAGGGGCCGCGGAGUGGUGGCGGCACAGGGGCCGCCGGGGCGGAUGCUGGCGGUGACGUUGCCGAUGCUGGCGGUGGCGGCGUUGAGGCGGGGGGCGAUGUUCAGGAUGAAGAGAUGCGGGACGUAGGGGGGCCGUGCGGGCGAGGAGGAAGAGGAGGUAGUACGGGUCGGGGUGCAGGCCGGGGCUGCGGGCGAGGACGAGGACGCGGCAGUAGUGCUGCUACCGCCGCCGCCGCAGCAGCAGCAGCAACUGGAGCUGCCAGAGCGCAGGGCACGCUGGCGAGCGUGUGGGCUAAGCAGCCACAGCAGCUGCGGCUGCGUGCAGAAGCUGCGGAGGCGGAGGAGGAGGGGUUGGAGGAUGAGGAUCUGGAGGCGGGGGAAGAUGGAGCGUGCGGUGCGUGCGGGGAUGUGGAGACCCUGGUGGGGCUCCUGCGAUUGCGUACGUCCUCUGUGUACCGCUACCGAGCGAGGAAACCAGGUGUCACCGCCGUCACAAUCGCCCCAUACUUGCUCUGGGCUAAGCCAGGAAGGAUAGAUGUUCCAUCUUAA